AUGGGUUGCAUUUCCUCCAAACUCAUGCCUAGAUCGAUGAGUUUAAAGGAACAGUACGAUAGUCGAUCAAUUUCUUUCCUCCAAACUUGUACUUCGAGCAAGGUUGCCAGAGAACUCCGGUCUGGGAGUUUUUCAAACAACAACCAACAAGUUGUUGACCAUGCUCUUACCGAUAACAGAUGCGAGCAAGGAGGAGAGGGUUGGUUUUCGGAGCAUGAGCAAGACAAGAAGGACCAUACAGGCGCGAAACGAGCUAACAGUUUCCACACGGUAGAAGAGUAUGAUGCGCUGAUAAAAGAGCUCAGAUUGUCUGGUGAGCUCCGGUCAGAAUCCGGGGGCAGUUUAAGAAUCAAUCUGCAAGAAGAAAUUCUACAAGACAAAUACAAGAUUGAAGCAACUACAGAGCUAGAAAGUAAAGAACAUAAUGCAAAUGGUGAAGACUCUUUUGAAGAAAGGGAGCUCUUAGAAAAGGGUCUCAAAAGGAAAUCAAUUGCAAAAAGGUUAGACUCAAUUGAAAUUCCACACACCAUUGAAUUCUCGGCUGUUGGAAGCCUUAAGGAGUGGUUCAACUCUGGCGGACAAGUCAACUCUCCCGGAGCUUAUGUCACUCCAAAGAUGGGCAACUUCUAUUUACCAAAUGAAUGCAAUGUGACUGCGGUUUUCACUCCUGAAUUGGUGGAUGCUUUUGAAAAACCUAUGCAGCAACUUGAAGCAGAGGCAGAGAACAUCCUCAAGCAUAUUUCCGACGACUAUAUCAUUUAA